CGCGCGAUCACGAAGUUCACUCACCUCUAAUCACGAUCUAGCACCUUAGGAAUCUCCUUGAUAUUCCUGUGCUUUCCAUUUCCGAGACAAUGUCGACCCAGAUUCCCUCCGCAACGUACCGUUGCUGCCAGCUCGCAGCUCGGACGCAAAAACGAAGUCUUUCCUCUCAAUGCCUCCGACUCUCCGCCUCGAGCUCCGCCGUCCAACACACACGACGCAAUGAUGUAUCUCAAAUAAGACAGUCAAGGAGAUGGCAAUCGACAGACGCCGCUGCUGCUCCGACAAACCCAAAAAUCUCAGCUAUCGUUGAUCAAAUAUCACAGUUGACACUAUUGGAGACCGCUGACCUGGUUUCGAGCUUGAAGACUCGAUUAAACAUCCCCGACAUGGCAUUUGCCGCUCCGGCGGCCGCCCCUGGCGCUGGUGCCGCUGCUCCAGCUGCAGCUGAGGAGGAGGAAGCUGCUCCUGCCGCAGCUGAAAAGACAAUGUUUGCCCUGAAGCUCGAGUCCUUUGAUGCAGGUGCCAAACCCAAGAUCAUUAAAGAGGUCAAGAGCAUGCUUGGCCUCAGUUUGGUGGACAGCAAGAAAUUCGUCGAGAGCGCCCCCAAGGUGUUGAAGGAGGGUGUGCCCAAAGAAGACGCUGAGAAGAUCGUGGAGACGAUGAAGGCCCUAGGUGCCAAGGUCACCAUGGAUUAAAGAGUUCAUGGAGGAUGAGCCAGUGGUCAAGAUACGGUCGCGGUUGGAAAGCCCGACUGGAAGAGUCGUCCACAACCUCCACGGUCUGUCCUGCUGCUGCAUGUUCGGUGAAGGUAGAGCUGGACGUUCAGGCAGUUUUGACAGGGUAGACCGAGGUCUGUAUUCUGCAUCAUGCCUUGCAGCCCCGAGAAGGCUGUUUGACUACGCAAGAUAUAUGCGCUGUCUGAGUAAAAGGCUACCACGGUGUAACUAUAAGGCAGGAUUGUGGGAGAUAUUUGAAGAUUCAGAUGUACAAUUGAAAUCAAUCUUUCUCGAUAUGUGGCCAUCAGUUGCUAUCUUGUCU